AUGUCGAAUAUGCGACACACUUUAGUCCUUGCCACGGUCUUCUGCACACUGCUGACCGUCGUACAAGCGCUACCCGCCUGCGCGCAGGACGAUGAGGAUUGUCGGGAAAGUCGCAUGCAUCCUGAAUUCACAGGCGCGAGUAAACGCAGCGGAGUGGCUUACCAAACCAAAGUGGCCGACGAGGAUACCUCCGAGUAUUGGCUGGACCAAGGCAAACAGUUUGUCAAGGAAAAGCUCAGCACACCACUCAACACGAAUAUCGCAAAAAAUGUGAUAAUGUUCCUGGGCGAUGGCAUGGGCAUCACCACGCACUCUGCGGCUCGCAAUUUACUCGGCGGUGAGGAAGAGUUUCUCUCCUUUGAAAAGUUUCCUUACACGGGACUUUCGCGCACUUUCAAUGUGAAUAGAAUUGUUUCCGACUCAGCAUCCACUGCCACCGCAUACCUAUGCGGCGUUAAAGCUUUCGGCGGCACCAUUGGCGUUGCUGGUGUAGAGCGUACCGACUGUCAGCAAUCAGCCAACGCCACCAAUCAUGUGUACUCCAUAGCCAAAUGGGCGCUAGAUGCCGGUAAGUUGGCGGGUGUCGUGACCACCACACGCAUCACACACGCCUCACCUGCUGGCGUUUACGCACACGUGGCUGAACGUAACUGGGAGAACGACAGUGAAGUGGACUCUGACUGCGGCGCCGAUAGCAACAUAGAGGACAUUGCUUACCAACUAAUACAUGGCGAAGUGGGCAGCAAGCUUUCGGUGAUUAUGGGUGGCGGUAAGCGGGAGUUUGUGGACUCAAAUUUGUAUGCAAAUGGAUUGCGCAGCGAUGGCCGCAAUCUGAUUGCCGACUAUCAGGAACAGAACAGCAAAAAUGCCUACGUCGAGACUCUGAGUGAAUUGAAUAGCUUGAAUUUCAGUGAAGUCGAUCGCUUGCUGGGACUUUUCGAAGACAGUCACAUGCUGUACCACUUGGAGACCGACGAGCUCAGCAAUCAACCAACCUUGGAAGAGAUGACGCGCAAGUCGAUAGAGUUCCUGAGUCGUAAUGAGCAAGGUUACUUUAUUUUCAUCGAGGGUGGACGCAUUGACCACGGCCAUCAUGCCACCUAUGCGCGCCUUGCUAUGGAUGAAACCGUCGAGUUCUCAAAGGCAAUACAAGCAGCGCGCGAGUUGACCAAUGAAGAGGACACUCUGAUUGUGGUGACAGCCGAUCACUCACACACGUUGAGCUACUCGGGAUAUUCGGACCGUGGCAAUGACAUUUUCGGCGCUGCGUCAUACACGGCUUCCGACAGCAAACCGUACAUGACUUUGAGUUACGCGAAUGGUCCGAGCUACAGUAAAUUUUAUGAUGUCAAUCAGCAUGAGCGUCUGGAUCCAACAACUUUGAUCACCGGCAAAGCUCGCGAUAGAUUCCCUGCAACACUGCCUCUCUCCUCGGAGACGCAUGGCGGUGAUGAUGUGGCCGUAUUCGCUUCGGGUCCGUGGGCCCACUUAUUCACCAGCGUUUAUGAUCAAAAUACAAUUCCGCAUAUGAUGGCGUAUGCCUCGUGCUUGCCAAAUGGACUUACAGCGUGUUCUUAA